AUGAUACGGCCAAAGAAAGGUCAACCAAAAGCUAGCCUUAGCCCCCAGAAAGCAACCACAGGAAUCACGCCACUGAAGAAACUGCUCGAAAAAAAAGACGAUGCACUGAAGACCGAGAUUGCUACUCGAGCAAAGAACGACUAUAACGGCCAAGAUCCAAAGCCAAUUCAAGUUGAGACGGUUGCAACUCUAGCGCGAGGGAAGAGUGCUUUUCUUCUAGCAGGCACUGGAUUUGGAAAGUCGAGGAUCGCCGAGAUGUAUUUCAAGACCUUGCCACCCAAAUCAAAGCCUGUGGUGCUGGUUCUAAACCCACUUGAUGCAUUGGGUGAUAAUCAAGUUGAAGAGAAGAAGGGAAAAUUUACUGCUAUAAACUUAACAAAGCUCACAUUCAACCCAUUUGUUGCCGAGCAAAUCAAGUCCGGUGUGUACAAUUUUGUGUACCUCAGUCCCGAGAUAUUUCUCAAUAGCAAGCUUUGGGAUUCGGUUUAUUUUAGCCCAGCGUUCCAAGAAAGACUUGGCCUUGUUGUUGUCGAUGAGGCCCAUAUGAUUUACAUAUGGGGCCUUGUUGAAAGCUCUAGCGGAAGAAACAAAUAUUCGAUUCUAGUACGACAUCAAGACAUAGGAAUAUUUCGACCAUCCUACGGAGAUCUUGCUCGCCAUCUACAAUGCAGAAAUAACAUCCCUAUCCUUCUGCUUUCGGCUACAUGUCGCCGCAUUGCUGUCGAUGCCAUUUUGCGAAGUCUUAAACUUACAAAGGAUCUGAUAAAAAUGAUCUAUGACGAGCUGACUCGGAAGGAAAUUCGAAUUAUCCGUAUCAACAUGUCAUAUUCUUUGAAGUCUAACCUGGACCUCUUAACUGCUUUCCCCUCGAUUGAACAGACAGCAACUGAGGAUCUGGUUCCUACACUAAUCUACAGCGGCACACGAGCUCGUACCUUUACUGUUUUGGAGGUCUUGGACAUGGCCCGAAAAACUCCAGAUGCCUGUCGCAAUGCUAAGAACAUGUUUGCAAGGCGCUAUCAUUCAUCCACGGGUGCUAAAGACAAAGAGGAUUGUGUACGCGAUUUUUCGGAGGGGCGUUUUCCUAUCAUAUCGGCCACAAUGGCGCUGGGGCUAGGUCAAAAUUGGAAAAGAGUGCGGUGCGUGAUUCAUAUGGGCAGAGGUGAUCCAGCAAACAUCUGCCAGAUGAUAGGCAGAUGCGGGCGAGACGGUAAAGGCGGACUGGCAAUUCUUUUCAUGGAGUCCAAUCGCAAAGGGGGAAAGAAUCAUCCCACUGACUUUACUCAAGCGACCCAGCAAUCAGACGAUGACCGCAUGGAUGCCCUUGCCAUUACACCUGUCUGUCUCCGAGUGGCUUUAUACUCAAUGGAUAACAAAUAUGGGUACAUACCUGUUUCGAAGGACGAUCCAAAUUACAUAACCGAAGUCAAACGAGAACAAUCUUUGAAUUUUCCCCUAUGUCGUUGCUCCAACUGCUUGGAUGAGGAAGGCAAUACUCUCAUCAAGAAUCUGCAGAACUUGAAUAAACACAACUUUGACGAUGCCCUGAUGGAUUGCGCACAGUUUCCUAUCAUUGAGUCUAUUACAAAACAAAGAACUAGUCGAUCUGUGCAAAAGGAUUUGCUAACAGAUAACUUAGAACUGGCAGCCACCUUCCGAUUACAUUUGAUCAAUGUGUUUAAGAACUUUUAUGAGGAUAGAAUGGGAACUUCGGGUCGUUUUACAGCAAUUGAACUCUUUAACGAACACCACGCGAACGCUGUAAUUACUAACUUUCCCAACAUUCUCAAGAGUGAUGAUUUGAAUACUAUCAUCGGUGGAGAGACUAUAGAUGGACAAGUAGAUUUAUUGAUGGAUACUAUUUCAAAGUUUCGAGACGAUCCGAUGUAUCACAAACACAUGGAUCGUUGUAGAGAUUUACAACUGGAAGCGGAAGCACUGAAAAAACAGAAGAGACGUGAAUAUGGAAUCCGAUACCGUGCAAAUAAACGAGCUCAGCUUCUCGCCAAGCGCCCAGAGCAACUGUUCGACCAAUACACCGGUGGCUCAGAUUCGGUGAACGACCAAAGUGUGCUAUACACCGGUGGCUCGGAUUCGGUGAACGACCAAAGCUUGCUAGAAUCGGCCACUGCAGGCGAGCAAUCGGCGGAGGAGAGGAGAAAGCUGAAGAGGAGAGAAUAUGCAGCCCGAUACCGAGCAAACAAAAAAGCAAGGCUUGAAGCUGAAAAAGAGUCUCGGGUUCGUUCCUCAUCAUCGCAACGAAUCGAAACAAUUGAGGAGCUGGAGCCGACGGAGAGGGGUACUUAG